AUGACGAAAGGGCCAUUCUCCGUCGGCGUGGCGUUUUACCGACGUCCGUGCGGUGCCCUCGCUGCGAAGUGCUUUGAAGCUCCGGAGGAGGACCGGCAACUUAGUAAAGCCAAACGGCGCAGGAACUGCAUAUUAAAUAUUUCUAGUGUAAGGGACUAUUACGGCACAUUUAUUGAUGAUUUGAGACUUUCGCCGUGGAAGCUGCUCUUGUUCACCUCACUCCCUGCACCACACGUGGGACCACAGGAGUCCUGGCUCGGGAAUCGGCAACCCACCGGCGGGCAGGGUGGAAGUCGAGAUGACGAAACCCUGUUGUUGAAGAAGUGGUUUACAGUCCUACUGAUAGAUCCUGAGGAAGAGGACAGAACCGCCGUUACACUGAUGCCAUUCAUCCAGCGGUAUAUCCAGUCAGGCAGUAGCACUUAUAACGACGCAAAUGUAAAAGUUCUUAGAAAACGCGAGAGAACGGCGGCGGCAGAUGUCCUGACGCUUGUGUACAUUUAUGCGGUUAUUUUCGCUGCCUCUGAGGCUACUGGGAAGAGGACUCCAGACUUUCUCUGUCUGGAGUGUGUUGAGUGUGAUCUGAAUUUUGUAGGCCUGCUCAUCUUACAAAACAUGCUGAAGCCUGAAACUGCUCCAGUAAUACGGCAACUGAAGGCUGCAAAUAUUAGAACAGUGAUGGUCACAGGAGACAACAUUUUGACGGGAAUCAGUGUAGCACGCGAUUGCGGCAUGGUGGGAGAAACGGACCACGUCUUACUGGCCAAAGUCACUGCCCCCAGUUCGGAGCACCCUGCCGCUCUCACCUUUGAACCUGCAGACACACCAGACAUUCUGGUACAAUACUCGGAUGACGUGGACAAUAAAUACACUAGCAUCAAUGCAGGAGACGGUGACCCCAGGUACCACUUGGCUGUGACGGGAAAAGCCUGGGCAUUAUUGUGCCAGUAUUUCCCAGACCUUGUGCCUAGAAUUGUUGCAAAGGGAACAGUGUUUGCAAGGAUGUCACCUGAUCAGAAAGCCCAGCUUGUGGAGGAGUUGCAAGCAAUUGACUACAUUGUGGGCAUGUGUGGUGAUGGUGCUAAUGAUUGUGGGGCUUUAAAAACAGCGCACGUAGGAAUCUCACUCUCAGAAGCUGAAGCAAGUGUCGCUGCUCCCUUUACCUCCCACACAGACAACAUCCAGUGUGUGCCUCAAGUAAUAUGUGAAGGGAGAUGUGCCCUUACUACUAAUUUCUCCGUCUUCAAAUACAUGGCUCUCUAUAGCAUCAUCCAGUUUGUUUCGGUUCUCAUUCUGUAUACCGCGUACAGCAAUCUGACUGAUCCCCAGUUUCUCUACAUAGAUCUUUUCAUUGUAACUGUUAUUGCUGUAUUUAUGGGAUAUACAGGUGCUCGGCAUGAGCUAGUGGCACACAAACCCCUUGGGAAUCUGCUUGGAGCUGUGAACAUGUUCUCAGUUUUGUCGCAGAUAGCACUGGUUAUCCUUACACAAGUCAUCGCAUAUCUUUACCUUCUGCAGCAACCCUGGUUUGAACCCAACAAACCAACACCAGGAAAUGAAGAGGACAACACUGUGAGCUGGGAGACAGGGACCAUUUUUUACAUUUCGGCUUUCCAGUACCUGACCCUUUGCAUUGCCUACUCACCAGGGCAUCCUUUUAGGCAACCCAUUUAUACCAACUUCUGGCUCACAGUGUCUCUCGUCUCACUGACGGUCAUUACACUGAUGAUGCUACUCUGCCCUUGGUCUUGGCUGAUGGAACUCAUGAGGAUUAAAUACGAUCCUGAGAAUGACCUCAUGAUGUUCCGUGUGGCGCUGCUACUCAUGAUUGCACUGCACUUUGUGGUUUCUCUGUCGACUGAGCAUUUUGUUGCGAGAAGCCGUUUCCUGAAGAAGUGUUUCCAGUGGAUAACCUGCAAGCGAGAACCCAAGAACAAAUACAAGAGCGUCAUUCGUGAUAUGAAUGAAGACUUGAGCUGGCCUCCUGUUGGGACACCAAUAUAUGCUACACUCCAGACUUAAUAUGUAGAAGAUAUGUAUAUGUAUUUUUUAUGCUUUAGAAAUUGAUUGGUUGGAAAUUUUUAUUGAAAAAUAUAAAGUUGUCAUGAUUUUGAUUUAUUGAAUUAUUUAUUUUAAACAACCAUUUAUUUUAGUUUUAUAAUCUUUUAUUAGGUUGUAUCUUAUUGUGUAAUUGAUAUGCUACAGAUGCAUAUAUGAUUAACUUAUUAUCACCAGUGUUAUGGGUGCUUUAUAUAUAUAUCUGUAUUUAUUUUACCUUUUAAUGAGAUGCCAGUUCUUGCAAUAAUCUUGUCCUGAGAUGAGUGAUCAUAUAAGCAAAAUUUUAUCACUUCUUAUAUGUGCUUCAGGAUUGUUAAGAAACAAACAAAAAAACAGCAAAUUGGAUGACCAUUCCAUAAAAGACACUUGAUGUGUUGGAAGUUUGUGAUACGAGAGCUGUUUUUGUUAAUAGAGUUUCUGAAAACAGAAA